UAAUCACACACACGUCUACAAGUGUUCUCAGGGACAAUGUUCCGAAUGCGACCUUUUUUUCUUCAAGUCUCUACACUAAUUGCUAGAAGAGCCGCUCAGGAGUAAGGGUACGGUGGAACUCAACACACUGUAUAAUUUACUUAAGAUCGGACAAGAGAAAGUGAAGUAACGAGACAAAAUAGUAUUUGAUCACGAGUGCAUCAAAUAGUCAACAUCUCAUUUUAAUAUUCUUAGUCUAGUUGUAUUAAAGAUUGAGUCGAAAAUGGAAAUGUGGAGUAUAUUCGUUUGUCUUUUUGUCGUUGUGCCUGUUUUAGCCUCUGAAGUUGUUCCUCCUUAUAUAAAACAAUGUUACGAGGGUGAUACAGAAGUUCUUCAAUGUUUCAAAAAAGCUAUUCACCACUUGAGGCCUUAUUUGGAGAAAGGUAUUAAAGAGAUAGAAUUGCCUUCGGUGGAACCAUUUAAAAUGGACGAGCUCUCCUUGUCACUUACUACUGGACCUAAUGGGUACAAAAUAUCUCUGAAAAAUAUCGAUGUUCUUGGUGCUAGCAAAUUCACAGUGAAAAGCUUAAGGUUAGCUACUGAAACCCAACCAUUUGAAGCAAGGAUUCAUAUACCUUUCCUUAAAAUUAAUUCGAGGUAUGAGAGCAGUGGUGUUCUGAUCAUCUUACCAGCCAGUGGAAAUGGAACUUUUAAUGGAUUACUAGAGGAUGUCCUAGCCACUGUCCGUGGUACAUCCAGCAUCAACGAAAGAGACGGAUCAAAAUAUUUACACAUAGAUACUUUGAAAGUUGAACUAGAUGUUAAAAACCUCGGUUUGGAGGUUAAGAAUAUAUUUAAAAAUAAUGUCGUAUUAACUCAAGCGAUCAAUCUAUUUUUAAGAGAAAACGGAAAAGAAGUAUUCCACAUCAUGUUACCACAAUUGAAACAGAAGCUCGGAGUAUUAUUUAUGGACAUUGCCAACGCCCUAUUGUCUCACGUACCAGUGACAACAUUCUAUGUACCGAAGAAAGACGUAAUAGCAGCAUAUUGUAAGUCUAAUGAUACGCAUCUUCAUUUCUUUGUAAAAAAUUGUUUUAAAUUUUUAUCUACCAACAUGAAUUAUUGGUCGUUUUUCUGUGCCCUUUUUGCCGUUCUUUGUUUUGCUGAAGCUGAAAACUAUUAUUUCAUCAAAAAAUGCUACAAAGAAGAUAAAAAUUUAAACAUGUGCCUGAGACAAUCCACGAAUUUCUUGAUUGCUAACCUUAGAAGAGGUAUUCCCGAACUAGAUAUUUAUGAUCCGGAACCAAUACUUAUAGAUCAGAUUCAACUAGCUUUGGGAACGGGUCCUGAUGGUUACCGAGCAAUUUUUAGAGAUAUAGAAGCGUUUGGAGUUAGCAAUCUUACUGUCACCGCUGUAAGGUCGGAUAUAGAAACAAACCAAUACCAGUUUACCAUGUACAUACCAAAGAUUACAGCCAAAGCAAGAUACGAAUCCAGUGGAGUUCUCAUAUUGGUACAAGCUUCUGGAGGAGGAAAUUAUUGGGGAGAGUAUGAGGGAGUAAAGAUCAAGGUAUACCUAAAAGGAUCACCAAGAGUGAUAAAUGAUAAAACUUAUCUCAUAGUGCAACAAAUGAAGAUGGAUUUCAGUGUUAAAGAUAUUAAAAUGGGAGUUGAUGGUAUACAUAAUGGAAAUACUGUUCUACAAGCCGCACUUAAUUUAUUUAUCAACUCGAAUUCCCAGGAGUUGUUGAAGGAGAUGAAACCCCAUUUGAAGAAAAAAUUGUUGAUCCUCAUGAGAAAUUUUGCCGAUAAAGUGUUCUCACAAGUACCUUACGAAGCCUUCAUAGCAUAAAUUUUUAGAUAUAGAGGAUAGGUACUGUUAGAAUUUAAAUUAUCUCACUAAGUGUUUUUAUAAUAAAUUAUUAUUAAAC